AUGGAGGUCUCGCCCCAUCAGGAAUUCCAACACAGUCCUGAAUUCGGGAUUCCGCCGUGGAUUCCGUAUUCCAGGCGCCGAUUCCAGUCUCCAGUCAGUGGAACUUAGAUUCUGGAUUCCUUGAGCUGUAUUCCGGAUUACAAAGCCCUGCAAAAUUUCCCCAGAUUUCGGAUUAAGCAAAAUUCGGGUUCCUUACAUGGAAAAGAUAAUAAUAGCCUGUGUACAGACCCCCCCAACCUCCCCUCAGAAAAAAUCGGAGAAGAGGCCCCUGCUCCUAUUUUUACUGAGGAGAGGGGAGGGUCUGUGCAAAGGCUAGAUAAUACCGUAAAAACUCGUGUAUAAGCCGCACCUUUUUGCCGAAAUUUCGAGUCAAAAAUCGCGGGUGCGGCUUAUACACGAGACCAUUGCUCUCAAAGGAAGUAAACUGGCUUGUAGGGGUCACAAAUUGAACUGAAAACCUUCAGUAAAUAAAGAUUAAACAUAUUGAAACCUGUCGUUGAUCAUUGCUUUCAGUAGAAGUGGUGGCUCCUAAAGGAGCCGUUUGUUUGCAUCUGCAGGUUCUAUACCUGAAUCUUGCUCGCCAGUAGUUCUUUUAAGCGUUUCAUCUGCGCUUUGUUUGAGCAGUUAAACUCUAACUGGCACGGAAUCUCCAUUCCUCCGCACAGCUGCUUACAGUGUCGUCUGCGACCAAUCACUUCAACGCUGAUUUCCCCACUACGUGCAAGAAAAUACCACGCUAUUUGAGAGAAUUCGCGAGGCAAAUGGCCGACCGUUUCGUCGUCCUUCACUACUUUCACGGCGUGUUUGUCCAUUGGGUUGUUUCGUUUUCUAGUAUCAAGAUAUCUGUACCUGUUACUUGUAAAUAUAUUAUUCAGUUUUGUAAAAUACAGUCUUCACAAGUCCAGCAUUUGUUUACUUGUGUCCUUCUCUGGUGUCCAGACUUCCCUCGUCAAAUAAACGCGUGGUUACGAAGCAAUCGUUUUGUAGCAUUCUCCAGCGCUUUAUUUUCGUUCCAUUUUCAUUUCAACUGUGGGCUUUAGCAAUGAAGAGAACCUUUUAAAAGGUAUUUUCAGAGUUGAUUAACUUAUUUAAAAUGUCACUGCAAAUACACAACAUUAAAUUUCCUCAAGUUUAUUUGUGAACAUUUUGAUGCGCAAACAAACGAUCACCUUUUUUACAAAAGCGCAUUUUUGGUUUUUUUUUUUUCAAAAUCAUGCUUGAAAGUUGGGGGUGCGGCUUAUACACGAGUGCGGCUUAUACACGAGUUUUUACGGUAAGUGUCCUUUAUUAAUUCUUACGUGCUCAAUCCCCUGACGCUUAACUAACUUAGGUGUGUGUGCUAAACUUUUAUGAUGAAAGCUAACUGUGUAACUUUGUUUGACUUUCAGAAAAGUGCAACUGCCCAAAAAUAAUCCUCGCCAACUGGUACGAUAUCCCACCCUACGUAGAGAACCAUCCCGGGCGAGAUCCCUCGGGACUACUGUUCCCGUUAUUGCUCGGGAAAAUUCCUGAACAAGGCUGUGGAAAUUGCACAGGUGGUGACGGGGAGUCUGGGAUCUCUUAUUCCAAGAGCAAGAAACACUGGUAAAGGUAUUUUAAAAAACACUUAACAGAUAAAGAGGACUUUGCAGUUCUUAGUUCUCUUCUAAGGUGGAUUUCUACUGUCGCGUAGAUUUACGAGCGUAUCCACGUAAAUUUUAAGAGCGUGAAAAAAAUAGAAGCAACGUAUAAAAGGUCGCGCUUAAUGUAUAGGCUUAUUUAGCAGGGAGCUUAAGCAGUUAUGACGACGACGGCUACGAGAAGGUCACUUAAAAGUGAAUUCGCGCUGCCUCAAACUUCAUCGCGCUUAUUUCAUCUCGUUUAAUGCGUCAAAUGUUGGAAAAUUGUCUGGGAGUUGAAUUCUAUAGGAUCGUAUCAAAGUUCAGGAAAAGAAAAGGAAAGGUGUUGUCUUGUGUUCCUGUCCUCGACAAAACGUGAAAAUAAGCACUUUAAUUUCAAGUUGUAGUCGUGCAACGACGGCUAAGAAUUGUACAAAAAAGCAUGAUGCACGUGAAAAGUUUUUGCUUUGUCAAUCUAACCCUAUUGCUUUUUUGCCUUCCUCGUUGCCGUCGCCGUCGUCUUUGCUUAAGCUCCCUAGCAACAGAACGGGAACUUCAGUUGACUACUACACGCGCAAAUAAACAACUGGCUUGACUAAUGACAGAGCGGCAAAAUAGGUACCGGAAGUCGCGUUUAGUCCCUUCGCGCCCUUUCCCGUCGUCAAAUGACGUUCCCGUUCUACUGCUAAAUCAGCCUAAAGUUGAACCUGGCUCGACUUUUACGUUCACGCGCGACCCGCCACCUUUGAUGUUUGGUUUGUGCUUAGUAAUAAGAUCUUCCGGAUCGUCAUACGUUUCUAGGAAACUGUCCACCUACUCCUCCCCCAAGCCAACGCUAACACUUACUUCUCACUUAGGGCUUAGGGGACCGAUCUUCCUUCCUAUCUCUCAGCUAAAAAGAUCCCAGUACCAGGAAGUGCUCGGGACAAUUGUAACCCUUUGCAGGUAAAAUUAAAAAAGUCAAAGGUGCAAGGAUGAUCCGCGCUCUAGGAUCUUUCUGGUGCCAGGAUCCUCUCCCUUCAUGUAAACAGCCUUUAGGUUUAACCCCUAAUUGGAAGGAAUCUGCAUUCCUUUUUACCAGCUCGUUAUUGUGUCGUUUUUCACACUCUCACUCAACUGUACAUGGCCGGCAUUCCUCUGGUUUGUACUCUUACACAUUUUCUCCUGUUACGUUUAAGACAGGUUGUCAUCAAUGACAGUCAAAACCUGGAUCAAAUUGAUACCAUCACGUUUCCAAUCAGUGGUGAAAAUGCCGAUCGCUACUAUCAGACUUCCUACAAGUUAAUGCCUCUGGUAGGAUCCCCGGGUGUCGCAUUCAUUGGUGUUGAUAAACCACCCGGUACGUAUACCUCACCAAACCCUCCGUUCUAUCUGGGUGGCCUGUGUUGGUACUUACAUUACUGA